AGCUUUACAGUGUUGGUUACGUUACAGUGCUUGCUUGAGUCACUUGUCACUUUCACUUGAGUUAGCUACAACUUGUAGCUUCCUUCCUUGUGUGUGUCUUGUCUCACUACUCACUGUCUGUCUGUCUGUGCUGUGUAGCGUGUAGUUUGUAGUAGUGUCAGUGUGUCAUUGUCAUUUCAUAUUGUGUCGUGUGAUUGUGAUUCGAAUCGAAUUGUGAUGCUUAUGUCAGUAAUAUUCUAAAUUGAUUCCUGCAGACAACCAAGUUAAUAUCCAAGUGAUUCAGAUCUUCAAAUUGUUUUUUUUCAACCUAGCCUGAAGAAAUAACAGAUAUAGGCCUAGUCUACAAACUAGAAAUGAGCGACGACGAUCGUGAUCUCGAUAUCGAAAGUGCUGAGAAAAGAGCUCACCAUAAUGCUUUGGAGCGAAAGAGGAGGGAUCACAUUAAGGAUAGCUUCAGUAGUUUGAGAGACUCAGUUCCAUCACUGCAGGGGGAGAAAGUGGUAAGAAACUGCCUUGUAGUUCCAUCAUUGCAAGGAGAGAAAGGGGCAAGCAGAGCUCAGAUUUUAAAAAAAGCUGCAGAUUAUAUUCAGUUUAUGAGGAGGAAAAAUUCUGCUCACCAACAGGAUAUUGAUGAUCUAAAAAGACAAAAUAUGUUGCUAGAAGCUCAAAUCCGAACUUUGGAAAAAACUAAAGCAACGGGAAACUACGCUGCAGAUCAAAGUGAACUGGUUAUGGACAAUGGUUACGGACAUCAUGAUUCAGAAUCAGACACAUCGGACUCAGAUUCUACCAGAUCCUCUCGAAAAACAAAAAAACUCAAAGUGUCCGGGAUGUGUUAGUUGGCUGUGUGAAUGUGUAAUAUAGACAACAAAUAGUUUUAAGUUAUUUUAUAAGCGUCGUUAUCUAAUCUUCUUUGACCAUCAACAAUAGAAUAAUGGAUGUUUCUAAGUUUUAUAAUUCGUCUUGUCGAAUCUAUGUUGUGCAAAACUUUUUGUUACAACUCAAUGUUCUGCUUCGUGGAUGUGAAUGCUCUAAAGUGAUAAAUGGUAACCUUUUGUUGAGUUACAAAGAAGAUUAUGUAUUGCUACAGGUUAGCAAUUUGUCUAAAAAAAAACAAAAAAACACUAUACUUACAAUUAUUAAGAUACCUUAUACAAAUAUUUUUUUUUUAGUUUGUAAGGAUUUUGAAAACAUUAUUUAAAUUGGUUUGAUCUUAUUAUUACUUUUGUUUUACUCUAAUGGUAAGCAGUUUUGCUUAGUUUGUUAUUAACCUGACUGUAUUAGUUAUGAAAUGUAGUUCAUUUGGUAAAAUGAACACAAAUAUUGUCAAGGAGCAUUAAAUCAGCAAUUUGUAAUAUAAUAUAUGAAAUGAACACAUUUAUGUAAAAAAAUUAACUGCACAUAUGAACAAUGUAACUCUGUGAAUAAAGGUUAUUUGAUUUAAAAUCACAAAUAAAAGCUUAACUGUCAUUCAAAAUUGAGUAUAAGCCUAGCUCUGUAACUAGGCCUAUUCUGCUAUUCCCUAUCUUAUAAUUCUUAGUGGUGUGCGAUGCAUCAAAAUUUUGAUUCAAUUUGAUGCAUUAAACUGCAGUUCAAUUCAGCAUGCAUCAAAAUACCGAUGCGUUGAUUUUAUCCCGAUGCAUCGGAAAAACCGCAGUGUCCAUAAAAUCAGUAAUGUCCAUCAGCAGGAGGUUAGGUCAGCAACUACCCUCUUGUUCACAAAAAUUCCAUUUAGUACAUAUUUUUAUAUUUUUUUAUGGUAAAUAAUUCAUCCAUGAUGAUAACAGUAACGCAAGUUGUAAAUAAUUUUGGAAGAAAUUCAGGACAUGCAGCAUCAAAACAAAUUGAUUCAAAUUGAAAUUCUUUUAAUCGCAUCGAAUUGAAAAAAAAAAUGCUGCAUCGUACACCCUUAAAAAAUCUACACAAUAAUGACCACAUACAUAUAUGAGCACUGUCAAUAUCUGGCUGAUUAAAAAUGUUUGAUAAAUUCAAA